GGACGGAGGGAGCACAGGACAGACGGACGAACCACGCACCAUGAACACGUCGGUGACGUUGUCGGGGGGCCAGCGGAUGCCGCUGCUGGGGCUGGGCUGCUGGCAGGCGCCGCGCCAGGAGGUGGCCGCCGCCGUGGAAGCCGCACUGCUGGCCGGCUACCGGCACAUCGACACCGCCUACAACUACCAGAACGAGGACGGCGUCGGAGAGGGCAUUCAGGCCGCUCUCAAGACGGGCAAGAUGACCAGGAAUGAGCUCUUCGUCGUCACCAAGCUGCCAUUGAUCGCCAUGCAGGCUGACAAGGUGGAGAAGUACCUGAAGAAGUCGCUUAGGCUGCUGGGUCUCGAUUACGUUGAUUUGUUCUUGAUUCACUUUCCAGCCGGUUGUAUAGAGAGAAGUGAAACAGACAUCUUUCCGAUCAAGGACGGAAGGCUGUUGAUUGAUCCUUCCACAGACCUGAUCGCACUGUGGAAGGAGAUGGAGAGAAUGGUGACACUGGGCCUCACCAAGACCAUCGGCGUGUCCAACUUCAACGCCAAGCAAGUCCUGAAGAUCGCCUCCAACGCUCAGAUACCUCCUGCCGUUAACCAGGUGGAAUGUCACGUCUACCUACAGCAGCGAGCACUGCGCGAGGCGUGCAAGAAGCACAACGUUGCCAUCACGGCUUACGGUCCGCUGGGCUCCCCCGGCCGCAAGGCGCUGUACGAGAGCCGCGGCGUGACGGUCGAGCUGCCGGACCUGCUGAACAACCCGGUGGUGCGUCUGGUGGCCGAGAAGCACAAGCGGACGGCGGCGCAGGUUCUGCUGCGCUUCCUGGCCCAGCAGGAUAUCAUCGUCAUCCCCAAGUCGACCAAGGCGACGCGGAUCCGCGAGAAACGGCGACAUUUUCAGCUUCCACACCCGGAGUUCCCCUUCUGA